UCUCAUUCCACUUUUCCAGAUCUAGAAGGUGAUCGUCUCUGUAGAGCAUCUGACCACACUAGCAUUCCUUCAAAAGCUUCACGGCACUUACGGCACUGAGGAUGGCGACCAUCACCUGCACACGCUUUACAGAGGAAUAUCAGCUGUUUGAGGAACUGGGAAAAGGUGCAUUUUCCGUGGUGCGGAGAUGUGUGAAAGUUCUCUCUGGACAAGAGUACGCUGCCAAGAUCAUCAAUACAAAGAAGCUGUCUACUCGGGAUCACCAGAAGCUAGAUAGGGAGGCUAGAAUCUGCAGACUUCUCAAACACUCCAAUAUUGUGCGGCUACAUGACAGCAUCUCAGAAGAGGGUCACCAUUAUCUCAUCUUUGACUUAGUAACGGGUGGUGAGCUGUUUGAAGACAUUGUUGCCAGGGAAUAUUACAGUGAAGCAGAUGCCAGUCACUGCAUUCAGCAGAUUUUGGAGGCAGUGCUUCAUUGUCAUCAAAUGGGAGUCGUCCAUAGAGAUUUGAAGCCAGAGAACCUGCUUCUGGCCUCCAAGUCCAAAGGUGCAGCUGUGAAGUUAGCAGACUUUGGCCUUGCUAUUGAGGUUGAAGGGGAUCAACAGGCUUGGUUUGGCUUUGCGGGCACUCCUGGUUACCUGUCCCCUGAAGUCUUAAGGAAGGACCCUUAUGGAAAAGCUGUAGAUCUGUGGGCAUGUGGUGUGAUUCUCUAUAUUCUGCUUGUUGGAUAUCCACCAUUCUGGGAUGAAGACCAGCAUCGUCUCUAUCAGCAAAUUAAAGCUGGGGCCUAUGAUUUUCCAUCACCUGAGUGGGACACAGUCACUCCAGAGGCCAAAGAUCUUAUUAAUAAAAUGCUGACCAUCAACCCAUCCAAACGCAUCACUGCGGCCGAGGUUCUUAAACAUCCCUGGAUCUCACAUCGCUCCACUGUUGCAUCUUGCAUGCACAGACAGGAGACUGUUGAAUGUUUGAAGAAGUUCAAUGCAAGAAGGAAGCUCAAGGGUGCCAUUCUCACGACUAUGCUGGCGACCAGAAACUUCUCAGGAGGAAAGAGUGGAGUGAGCAAGAAGACGGAUGGUGUGAAGAAAAGUAAGUCCAGUUCUGAUACCCAGCUGAUGGAAUCAUCCGAGAGCACCAACACCACCAUUGAGGAUGAAGAUACUAGAGUGAGGAAACAGGAGAUCAUCAAAGUUACUGAGCAGCUCAUUGAAGCCAUCAGCAAUGGAGAUUUUGAGAAUUACACGAAGAUGUGUGAUCCCAGUGUAACAGCGUUUGAGCCUGAAGCUCUGGGAAACCUGGUGGAGGGGCUUGACUUCCAUCGCUUCUACUUUGAGAACUUGUGGUCAAAGAACAGUAAGCCCGUUCACACCACCAUUCUGAACCCUCACAUUCAUCUGAUCGGUGAGGAGGCCGCCUGCAUCGCUUAUAUCCGCAUCACGCAGUACCUCGACAUAAAUGGCAUGCCGCACACUGCCCAAUCAGAGGAGACACGGAUCUGGCACCGCAAAGACAGCAAGUGGCAGAUAGUUCAUUUCCACCGCUCGGGCGCUCCCUCUGCCAUCACUAAAUAAGAGAAUCAGUGGUGUAUUAGAGUUGCAGAAUUACUUGCUUGAGGACAUAAUAGCCCACAGCUUCUCAUCUUUUACUUGAACUUCAUUGGCCCUACCCUUUACAGUGUCAUUACAUUUAUAUUUGCUUAUAUUCCUUGAAGCCCAACACAUUUCUUUAAGGAUAUGAUGAACUGAUUCAAGUCACAUUUCUGCUGUGUUUGCCGCAUGUGGCAUUAAUGGUUCGGUUUCAUAGAUAAAGCGAGUACUGAUCGAUCAUACAGAUGGAGGAAAGUUUACAGCCUGUCAGGGAGUAAAACUAAAUAUCAUAGAAUAUCUUGGAUAUGUUUACAAACUUAUUUGCCAUCUUUUUGAUCUUAAGCACUACUUUUGCAAAAACUACUUAGAUAAUAUUGUUACAGAAAUUGAAUAUUUGAGACAAACAUGGAGCAAUUAUUUAUAUAUAUAUUAGGGCUGUCAAUUGAUUAAAUUCUUUGCAAUUUUUACAUUGUAUGCCGAUUAAUCAAAUUAAUCGCAACUGAUCUCAUAUAUAAAUAUUUGCAUAGAAAGCCCCUCAAAUAACACUAAUUCAAUAAAUAAUGAUUAAAUACUUAUAAAUAGUUAUAUUUAAAUCAUUAUAAAUAAACUAUGUUAUAAAAAAUAAUAAUAUAGAUAAUUAAAAUACAUUACAUCAUUGUGGCACAUGUGUAAAGCAUUAAAAAAGAUGGUAACACUUUACAAUAAGGUUCCAUUUGUUAACAAUAGUUAAUAACAUUAGUUAACAUUAACUAAGAUUAAUAAAAGCAGUAAAAGUAUUGCACAUUGUUAGUUCAUGUUAAUUACAACAUAUACUAAUACAUUUCUCAAAUCAAAAGUUGUUUGUUAACAUUAGUAAAUGCAUUAUGAACACUUACAAUCAACAGUUGUAUUUUUAUUAACUAAUCUUAACAAAGAUUAAUGAAUGCUGUAAACAAUAUAUUGUUAAUUGUUUGUUCAUGAUACCUAAUGCAUUAACUAAUGUUAACAAACAGAACCAUUUUGUAAAGUGUCACCAAAAACACAAGUUCAAUAAUAUGGAAAUACACUUUUUGAAUUAUGUCAUCACCUAUCAUUGACCUACAGUUCACACAAUCCAUUCUGCAAUUGAAUUCGUCAGUCAGUCCGAGAUAGAUUUAUUAUGAGGGCUUUUCUAAGGACACUUCAAUGCACACCUGCGUCAGACACUUUUGGAGCAUCUCGUUUGCAUCACGUCAUAAACAUACCGUUUUUAGAUCACUGUGUCAAGUUAAACAUAGUUUGAAGCUUAGGAAAACACGUCUUGAGAUCCCUGCGUUCGUAUUUGCGCUAUAUCAAGCUGUGUUUGAACGCAAGAACGUGUUUUCAUCUUGUUUUGUCUGCUGUCAGUGAGUGUGGUUUGUUCUCUAUAUAACCAUGUUGUCCAAACAGCUGAAGUUUCGCUUACUGCCCCCUGGAGAAAACAGGUGGUACUUCAAGCUUGAAUUGCUCAGAUGGAAGGAAUAUUCCUUAUACCGGUCCGGGGAAAUGAUUACUUGCGUAAUGAUUACUUUUUAACGCGUAAUAUUUUUAUAUAAUUAAUCACACUUAAUUAACACGUUAAAUUGACAACCCUAUAUAUAUAUAUAUAUAUAUAUAUAUAUAUAUAUAUAUAUAUAUAAUGUAUUUGCCAAAUGCACUUAGCAUUUCUGUGAUUAACUGGCACUGCAGCUCCAGUCUCUCUAAUGUCCGAAUUGAACCUGAAAACAUCUUUUUUUUUUCUUUUUACUUUUAAAUAGAUAUCUCUGUAUUAUUUCACUAUUUACUGUCAAAUCUGUCUUAAAUACAUGUUUAUAUAUCUAAAGUGGUAUGUUUAAAAUCCCACAUUGAAACUGUACAGUACUGUAAAAUAUACAUAUUUAGAGAAUAGAAUAGUAGGUUAAGUACAUUUGCAAUGAUUUGAUAUUAGUACAUUUUUAUUUCAUUUCAUUUCUUUGUGAUGACCCCAAAGAAUGUAAUUUUUUGUGAUUCAUGAUUCAUGUUUGUUAAUGUUGUUUGUGAUUCACAGAAAAGGGGAAAUAUCAACCCAGCCCAACUUCCAGAUGUUCACCACUGAACAUUUCUAGUGUGUACUAACAGAGGUUUAGUGAAGCACAUUGGUAAAUUUCAGUCAUUUCAUAGCCCUUGAAAUCAAAGUUGCAUCUCUAGCAGAAACAUGAUCAAAGAGAUGGAUCAAGAUUAAAAUCCCACAACAAAGCGUUGAUUAAGGUUAAGGUCAAGGGUGGUGUUGAUAAUGGGGUUAUCAAGAAAGAAAGUGCAAUGCUUUGAAUGUAAAACCUUUGAUCUAGGUUGUUCUCCGCCCCUGGCUUGGUGUGUCGUGCUCCAAGCACUUUGAUAAAGUUCUUCCAGUUGAAAGAGCCACUACAUUUGCUCUUCCUUUUGUAUUUAGGGUUAAGCCCCCAUAUUUGAGGGGGACAAUAACACAAAACACUAUAUGUCAUGCCAGCUGACAAUGGCAAAACUUUGUUGAAAUUGCCAUUGUCUGCAAUCAAGGAUUAGUCUUUCAUAUAUUAUUGUGAGUGUUACCUCAAUGCAUAUAUAGUGUCAACUUUAAUACUAUGUGGUGAUAGUAAUGCUAAUUGUAAAUAUAUAUAUAUAUAUAUAUAUAUAUAUAUAUAUAUAUAUAUAUAUAUAUAUAUAUAUAUAUAUAUAUUGUGUGUGUGUGUUUUCCCCCCAGUCAUUAUGGCUCUAAAGGGUAUAUUUGAUGCCUGGGUUUAAAUUUUAUUCAAAUUAAAGGGCUUCAUUGUGCUCCAGAGAAAGGGUUUACUUCAAAUUUUAUUUAGUUCAAUGAGUAAAUAAUCAGCUUUGCAGUUCUUUAAUGUUAAAAUGAUAUUAGAAUUAAUUUUCUAUAAACAACGCUGUUAAUAAUUAGGGUAGUAUUACUUCAAUUAUGUUAAUUUAAAUCCAAAAUUUUUACCUUUUUGAUAUUGUAUUCAAACUGUUGCAGUUUCUGGGCUGUUGAAAUCAGCUUUUCGCUGUUGAAAACAGAACUCCAAUACAGUCUUUCUGUCUGAUUCUUAAAAUGUAGAAUAUUAACAUAUGUAUACAUAUUUUACCUUUCAGUCUUAUAUGCACAUAUGUUCAGAUUUACUAAACCAGUAACAUUUUUAUUUGUGCAGUCAUUGAUAAAUUAGUUGCAGUGUAAGAUUCAGUAAAUUUUACAGUCCAAGAAAAUCUGUACUCUUAUAUUAGCAGAUUUCUCAAAGUUGUCAAAUGUCAUUGAUUGUUAGUCUUAGUCUUAAAGUGAAGACAGUUUGCAUGAUUUAAAAAAAGUGUGUGUGUGUGUGUUAUAUUGAUUUUAAUGAAAAGUAUGCAAACUUUUGGCAGUAGCUACCUAUACAUUGCUAUUCAUCAGCUUGCAUCAUGUGACUGGAGCACUAACCAUAAACAUAGACAGCACUUUGAAAUCUUUAAACUUCUUUUUCUGAUUAAAUCAAAAAACAUUUUUGGCCCACUUUUGACAUAUUUUACAAUAAUACAAUUUAUAAUAUUAAAUUAUUAAUAAACUGCAAUUAUUCAGUUGUCACUACUGAAUGAAAGUUAUUUUCUUUUACUUAUUAUUUAACUCUGAAAGACAAAUUAAGAAGAGGAAUGAAAUGCAUGGAAAACUUUUUCUAUGUCCUCUAGAAAUCUGUGGUUAAGUGCAAACAGCUACAAAAGAAAGUUGCUUUGUGGCAUCUUUGAUGUUUUUGUCUACUCUUGUUUGUUAAAGGAAUAAUGGCAUCUUUUGAUAUUAUUUAACAUACUGUAUACCGUAUGAUGUGUUUUAUUGAGGCAUGCUGUUUUAUUGCCACAAAGUGGUGGUUAUGAUAUGUUUUCUGAGUAAAUUGUACCUUUUGUAGUUGGCUCUAAUGCAACUAAUCUUGUAAAUAAAAGUGCUCUACAAAGUUGUAA